GGGACUCUAUGUGAGGGGGAACUUUGUUGCUAUGAAACUUAGGAAUAUUUGCAAAAUAUUGUAAAAAUUAUCAAAAUCCCUCGUGAAUCAAUAACCUGCCCCUAGGGUUUGAGGUUUUUAGUUUAGUUUGCCCGGAAAGGGCUUCUACACUCACUAUUCUUACACUUUUUUGAAAGAAUGUGUGAGACAGACAGUUAGCCAGCUAGCUAGCUAGCUGAGAGGUGAUACAGGCGGCAGGAGAACAAAAGAUUUUUUUGCGUUUUGGCCGGUUGUACUGACACCAAGUCCAUGCAGAACGUGUCAUUACCAUCACAAUGCCCGUUUUACUUUUUCUGAUAGACACGUCCGCUUCAAUGAACCAGCGCACCCAUCUGGGCACUACCUAUCUGGACAUAGCAAAAGGCGCUGUUGAGACUUUUAUGAAGCUCAGAGGGAGAGAUCCGGCGAGCCGAGGGGACCGGUAUAUGUUGGUAAAUUUUGAAGACGUUCCCUUCGGGAUAAAGGCUGGGUGGAAGGAGAGCCAUGCCACAUUCAUGACAGAGCUGAGGAACCUCCAAGCAACUGGACUAACAACUAUUGGCCAUUCCUUGAGGACCGCUUUUGAUUUACUCAAUCUCAAUAGAUUAGUGACUGGGAUAGACAACUAUGGACAGGGAAGGAACCCCUUCUUCCUCGAACCUGCCAUCAUAAUCGCUAUCACCGAUGGAAACAAGUUGACAAGCGGCGGUGGAGUCCAAGACGAGCUCCAUCUGCCUCUGACCACCCCGCUGCCAGGUAGUGAGCUGACCAAGGAGCCCUUCCGCUGGGACCAGCGUCUGUUUGCUCUGGUGCUGCGGAUCCCUGGCAACGCUUCGGUGGAGCCCGAACCCCUCGGAGGCGUCCCACCUGAUGAUUCUCCCAUCACCCCCAUGUGUGAGGUCACUGGAGGGCGUUCCUACAGCGUGUUCUCUCAGCGUAUGUUGAAUCAGUGUUUGGAGUCUCUGGUGCAGAAAAUUCAGAGUGGAGUGGUGAUAAACUUUGAGAAGACGGGGCCUGACCCUCCUCCACUAGAGGACGCUCCAGUUGAGCCGGUGAAGUCUGGUCCGCAGCCUUGGCAUUGCUGUCACAAGCUGAUCUACGUAAGACCAAAUCCUAAAACCGGUGUUCCCAUCGGUCACUGGCCCAUACCCGAGGCCUUCUGGCCGGACCAGAACUCCCCCACCCUGCCCCCACGUUCAGCCCACCCCCACGUACGUUUCUCCUGUCUGGACGCUGAACCCAUGGUUAUAGACAAGGUGCCCUUCGACAAAUAUGAGCUGGAGCCUUCACCUCUCACGCAGUACAUUUUGGAGAGGAAGUCCCCGCACACCUGCUGGCAGGUGUUUGUAUGUAACAGUGCCAAGUACAGCGACCUGGGCCAACCCUUUGGCUACUUGAAGGCCAGCACAGCUCUCAACUGUGUCAACUUGUUUGUGAUGCCCUACAACUACCCUGUUCUUCUGCCACUUCUGGAUGACUUGAUCAAAGUGCACAAGUUCAAGCCAACCAUCAAAUGGCGGCAGUCCUUUGAGAACUACCUGAAGACCAUGCCUCCAUAUUAUAUUGGGUCUUUGAGGAAAGCUCUGAGAAUCAUGGGAGCACCAAACCUGCUGGCCGACAGUAUGGAGUAUGGCCUGAGCUACAGCGUGGUCUCCUACCUGAAGAAGCUCAGUCAGCAGUCAAAAAUCGAGUACGACCGCCUGAUUGCCUUGAUUGGUAAAAAGCCACCGCCAGAGGCCGGCAUCAAGGUGCGUUGGCGGGGCGGAGGUAUAUCUCUGGCCCAGCGCAGGGACUUCAUCCAGCAGCUGCAGAGUCUCACAGGAGACACCCCAACUCUGCCUAUGGAGCUCAACCCCAAAGAGUUUCAAGGCUUUCACCUGGCAUUGCUCAACAAGGGCCUGAAACCUCAGAGCUUUAGAAAUCCUUACGACAUCCCUCGCAGCCACCUGCUGGACCAGCUGAGCCGAAUGAGGAGAAACCUCCUCAACACCAGCGUCUGUACUCUCAGAGGGCAGGACUCAGACCAGUUCCACAGCGUGCCAAUCGGCCAGAUGGGCAACUACCAGGACUUCCUCAAAGCUGCUCCUCAGCCUCUUCGAGACGCAGACCCAGAACAGCCCAAACGCCUGCACACAUUUGGCAACCCCUUCAAACUGGACAAGAAGGGCAUGAUGAUUGACGAGGCGGAUGAGUUUGUCACCGGCCCCCAGAACAAGGGCAAGAGACCAGGGGACAGCAACAACAUGCCGGGCGGAGGUCCCAAGAGGCGUCGCUGCAUGUCGCCUCUGCUGCGUCUGGGCAGAGCUUACACCCCUCCAGUAACACCCCCCGCCAGCCCACGCCCCACAGACAUGGACAUGAGUGAUGGAGCACCUGAACCAGACUUGAUCAUCAACCACCUGAAUCAGAACCACUAUGGCUCGGACAGUAGCUCGGAUUCGGAGGCGGAUCAUCCGUCAGGGCCUGCCAACCACCAGGAGAACCACACAUCCGUGGAUCCCCAGGACCUCCGGCACAGGGACGAAGAGGAGAAUGGACGACCCCGGGUGGGUGAGCUGCCGCUGGGCAGCGAUGAGGGUGUGGAGGUGAUUCUGGUGGAGGACCAGCCGCCUCGCUACCUGUCGCCUGCAGCUCUGAAGAAACACAUUCACAACGAGACGGCGAAGGUCAACAACGAGCUGAGGGCACUCAUCACCAAGGAGAUCAGGAAACCUGGCAGGCACUAUGAGAAGAUCUUCCUCCUCCUAAAGCAGAUCCAGGGCACUCUGGACACCCGGCUCAUCUUCCUCCAAAACAUCAUCAAAGAGGCGGCCAGGUUUAAGAAGCGCGUUCUCAUCGAGCAGCUGGAAAACUUCCUAGAAGAGAUCCACAACAGAUCCAGUAACAUGAACCAUGUGGACACUCUCUGAGACCGGCUCAUUCCCAAACUGAACUUGCUGAUAAUGAACCUGACAACCCUCCACAUCCUUCUUAACCGCCCACCCACCCUUUCUCCUGUACCAGGACCCCGCGGAGAUGAGACAAGACAGCACCCAGCUCUCAGACUAUCACCUCCUGAGUGGACUCUCUUCAUUUAAUCAACAUGUGUGAUGGUCGUGUUGGUUUAUACACAGUAUGAACUAAAAGCAAUGUUGACCCUGGAUGAUGCGAGUGCAUUUUUCAUAUAUCAUAAAGGGGGGAGUGAGGAAGUGUUUUAUUGCGGCAGGUGAAGCGUUUGCCUAUGCAAUGAGAUUUUGGGCCUGUAGAACAUUCGAGAAUGGUUGUGUUCCGCCCCUGAUUUGAUUGUCCUGUUUUUAAGUGACAAAUGAGACUGAAUAAUCUCUCAAAUGGGGGAGGUGGAGCAAACAAGGGAGCGCAGGACAUUUCUGGAGAGGAACAGAUGGCACCCUGAGCCUUGACGUGAUGUUCAGUCGUAUUUUCUCUGUGAUGAUGUUACAGACCAAAAGUGUGGGCAGGGUCCAGGUUGCGUACGGUUAUUUGUGUGUUUUCAGCCAACUCAGGGUCAGACGGGAUCCAGUGGAGACGCUCAUGAAACACUUUUCUCAUCAUACAUUUUCAUUCAUUCGCUGUUGUUUUCAUGUUGGGUAAUCUUUGGUGUUUGGUGUUGGGGGAGGACGAGAGUCUGUCAUUCUGUGUCUAUUGAAAUUUACUUUCUACACUCCACUGACUGAAGCACUCCACUUCUGUGCUCUUAAAUGGGUAUUUUAAUGGAAUUUCGAAUUCAUCAACUCGUACUUGAAUUCAAAUUUUGAAUUUGUCCAUGUGUGGUUUACAUACCACACUGACAAUUCAUAUUUCUGAGUAGUAACUUGAUGAAUAAUUUUGUUCCCCCAGGGGGAAAAAAAAAAAAAAAGAUCCACAGCUUUCAUUACGUUUGGGGAC